UGUCUUUCCUUCUCACGGGCAGCUCGAUCGCGCCUCGAUCUGGUCGACGAGAAGCGUUGAGAGCGAUCAAUGCAUGUUCUUUGAAAGGCUGUCACUCACUCUGGCUCAGUUUGUGUUGUCUGUGAAGUGUUUACCGUAGUUAGGUGGUUGUCUGCUGCUCCAAAGUGCUGUUGUGGCCUUGUCUAGUAGCUAGCUAGCAAGCUCCUGCGUUUGUACUGUAGCGGAACCAUGGCGACCACAGCGACCAACGCUGUGACAAGCACUCCCGUGCGUGGCAGCACCACAGGCAAAAGGGGCGGGAUGACUCCCAGUUAUGUAUGGGUCAAAAUGGCCAAGAACAACUCGACGAGUCAUCAGGCCGAGUUGUUGGAGAUUUUGCCGGAUGGGUAUUUGGUUCGUUGGACCAUUUCCAACCGAGAACAGAAAAUCAGUUUGUCUUGUGUUUUGGAACAGGACAUGUUGGGACGACGUCGCACACGGGGACGCAAUCAUCAUCGUCUGGGAGGUUUGUCAUCGGCGGAAGAAGAGGACAAUAAUGAGGAGGAGGAUGAAAGUAGUGAGAAGGAAGAGGAGACCAAAGAAAACUCUUCUGAAAUCCAAAAGUCCUUGUUCGUUUCUGAGGAAGCUCUGGUCAAGCCAUCAUCGGCAAAGAAACAGAAAAGCAGAAAGCGUCGUCGAGACACCAAAAAAGGAGGAAAGAGAUCCAAAUCCAGCAAAAAGACAAAACCGAGUCCAGGGAGAAAACCCAUGCAUUCGGAAUUGGAAGAAGAAAAUGAUCAAUCCGACGAAAGCGACGACAACCGACAAGUGCAUGUCACUCAUCAACCUCUACUGCGACCAGUACCCGUCCCACCAUCACCAUCUCUCUUUGUGUCCUUGUUCGAAAUACACAACAUUGUCAAGUCCAAAGCAGUGGCACGAGUCGCGCAGUUGCUGCAAACAGAGGGAUUUCCCGAUGCGGCGGACUUUUGUACGGAAUUCUUUCUCUUUGCUCACGAGCGACAAUCUUGUUGGCAGCGACGCAACAAUGACGCCAAUCCACAAUGGUCCAAAUCGCCCAUUCUACAAAACUACAGUUUCGCCAAUGUAUAUCGAGCGCUAGAUCGAGGGACAUGUUUUGCUCGCUAUCAAUUUGGAGAACAGUACUUGCUACUCUGCAAGAAUCAACAACUCUUGGAACAGCAACAAAAGAAUAAAAAGAAUCGACAGAACACCGGUGUGAAUGAUUUCAGCAGCCUCAAUCACGCGAUUGCUGCUUCCAUGGAGGUUGUGGAAACUAAUACGACGACAGGCGACAGCAACAACAAUAGCGGCACGCACUCUCGUCGUCCCUGUACCAAGCUACAAAAGUCGGUGCGCCGCAAGGACUGGAUUCCCAAGCUGCUCUGGGCUUCCUAUUGCUAUCGGCAGGUCAAUCGAAUAGAACCGUUCCUCGACUUUGGAGGGAUUCCGGAUAUCCCCAAAUGUCCAACGGAUCUCACUCGAUUUCUCGAUCAUGUCAAUCAGAUGGAGCUACAACAAGAGGAAGAAUCGGAAACAAUCUUUUUUGCUCCGGCCAACUCGGGGACGCCAUCCUUGUUGUCCUACGACGACUACCGAAUACAUCUCCAACGGUUGACCGUCUCCAGUGGAUGGGUCCUCAAAAAAGCAGGCGAAGAAUUGGCCAAAUGCAAAAGUCUACAUUCCUGUUGGGAUGAACUCUUGAAACGAAUGCCCGGCAUGGAAGCAUCUCCGGAUAUUGCAUGGCUGGUGCUGUGCGAUCUGUUAGAAGCGGGGUGUUUGCAGGUAUCGUCCACUACUGACGCUGAGCGGGCCAUGGACCUGUGUUAUCUAUCACCAGAGUCGUUGGAACUAUUGUCGGCAUCGUGCUGGAAAACCAGUACCGAUGACGAGACUCGGGCAUUUGACUUGUUGAAGUUGCUGACGGAAAAACAGGAUGAUUUCUUUGCGGCCGUGGGUGUCAAAUUCCCUACGUGGAAUGGUCGCCGUUUGGCUCUCAAGGAUCUUGCCCAUUGUUUGAGUCAGUUUAGCAAGUACCUGCAGAUUCAGAGUGACAUGCGUAGUCGAGUUCAUUCUCCGUCGCAUCGACUUUUGGUCUCUCGAUCACACCUUGACGUGAGCAAGACUUGUCGCUUUUGCGAUACGGAAUCCGACGAUGGUCUCUUUUGUGAUUCAUGUUUGUGCUAUUAUUGCAGAGACUGUGAAGCCGAGAGCUGCAAGGCGGCUCCAGAGUAUUGGAUGUGUCGACCCUGUCGCGCCAUGGACCAAAUGCAUUUGACAGAUUGAUUGGAGAGAUACCGUAUCAUCCGAAAAUAUCGGAGCUGUUGUACGGUAGUCUUUGCCUAUCUACUGGGAGAAUUCGGCAGGGCAACGCACUCUUGCAGUGGCUGCUGGCUACAUGUAGUUUGCUGGUUUGCCUGUCGUGCAGCGGAGGAGUUCUCGUCUCCCUUUGGUGCGCGCUGAUCUAGCUAGCUAGAGCUACAUUAGCCACAUCGGCAACGUGAGGUCCGUUCUCUUGAAAGCGAUUUUCUUUAAUAAUAUCUAUUCUUCUAUUAGGCCACACCCCGCCGACCUUGCUGUGGUUUUCGAUUAUCAUUCCGCCGCUUCGAAACACAGACACAAUAAAUCAGUAAUUUAUGCAGCACAUGGUGUUCCUCCGUUGCUGACACGGCGCUUCAUCUUUUGGCGUGGGGUUUCACUGCCUGCUGGCCACAAGGGCAUGGCACUUCCUCCUGUAGUACUCUUGACAUAGGGCAUGGACUUGUGGCGAACAAUGGUGCUGCGGCGACCGGCAGGAUCGUUCGAGUUGCCGCUUCCUUGGCUACUGCCGCUCACUGACUCUUCCACCGUGGACACGGAGGACAUGGACAUGCGGCGCAUCGAAGUUGGACGAGAAGAGACAACACGACGAGGAGACUGCUGUUGCUGCUGUUCUUGUUGUUGUCCCAUAUAAUUAUCCAUGGAAGCGCGACGACGAGUGACCCUGGGCAAGGGCUGCAUACCAACCUUCUGCCCCACCUUCAUCCCAAGAUGUUCUCUGGUAAGGCCGAUCGAAUCGUUGCAAUCGCUCUGCACAGUCCAGUCGUCUUCAUCAGGGAUCACGUACUGGGAACGACCGCGACGAGGAGCGGGCGCAGAGCCCUGUCCACGAGACGAAUCACUGCAGCUGUAGUCAUCAUCGUAGUCGCCAUACCCCAAAUCGUCGUGGCUCAAGGUGAGAUGAGCCAAUCGCAACUUGGCGAGGUUCAUCGAGUCGGCUGCAUACGAUUCUACUUCCCAGGAAUCGUCGCUUUCGCCACGAGGAAGUGUGUCCAUCCCCGUGAUCUGAAAGCGGUUCAACUCUUCGUUCAGCCCCUGCAUGCCUUCUUCCUCGUCGCAGCGAGAGGUGACGCUCACAUCGUCAAAUGGUUGGGUUUCCAUGGUGUAUGACAUUUUAUCUUUAUCGUUUGUUCCGUUGUAGUGGUGCUCUUUUAAAAUCAAUUAGUUGUGAUUGCUUUGUUUGUUUUAGUGGGAUUAUGUGCUUCUCACGAAUGUUGUCGCUUGAUCCUGGUAGGUUUGCCUGCGCUGUUUGUGGAAGAGUGCAGCUUGUCUGCGGAGUUGCUCCACCGUGCUUCCUUGCUGCUUGCUGCUUGCGGCUUGCUGAGAGUUGGUUCUUUUCGUUUUGAUGAUCUCGUUGCUUCUUUGGCUCCUUCAAGAAUCAAAUUCGCUUUUUGUUUUUGGGUGGACGAAGAGGGACCAAUUCAUUUAACCAUGCAAAUUUCCUUUAAUCCCUAUUUCGUCGAGUCAGGCAUCAUUGUGUCAGAAGGAAGCACAAGUAUUUAUGAAGAGCACUGAUACUAAAGGUCAUGAAGACUCCACGAUCAGAUAAUAUUUAAGUUAUAGACUCUACGACCUUCACGCAAGUCAUCCUAGGUUGGUCGUACAAGUAAAAAUGUUC